CCAUAAUACUCUCAGUGUGUUGCAGGCUCACACAGGAGCUAGACAAAAAGAUUGCAAGCUGCCAGCCUUUCUUUGGGUACUGAAUUCCUUCCACAUCUCCCUGCUCAAACCCGUCAGUCUAAAUCAUUUCGGCAAGAAACCUGUCUCAGCUCCUGUUGCGGUCGGUGAUAAGAACGUCUAUACGGUAAAAGCUAUUCUGGGGAUGAAGAAGAGUAGAGGUUCCUGCUUCAUUAAAUCCUGUUUAAAAUAAAUUAUUUGAUUGACCAAUCAGGGAUGAAGAGGGAGAGAGACAAGAUGGUGGAGAGGAUAAUAAAUCUCACAUUAGAGAUACUUUACUGGCUUACCGGAGAGGAUUACACAGUAGUGAAGAAGACCUCUAGUGAGCGCUGUCAGGCUCCUGUGUCUGAAGGAUGGGGAAGAACCCUGAGCCCAAUCAUGAGGCCUCCACCUCACUCCCUGAUACAUGAGGAGAUCAAUGAGCAGAAGAUAUUAGAACUCAUCCACAAGAUGGUGGAGCUGCUGACUGGAGAGGUUCCUAUAAGGUGUCAGGAUGUCACUGUCUAUUUCUCCAUGGAGGAGUGGGAGUAUGUAGAAGGACACAAGGAUCUGUACAAGGAUGUCCUGAUGGAGAAGCACCAGCCCCUCACAUCAACAGGAAGAUCCAGUAAGAGAACGACACCAGAGAGAUGUCCCAGUCCUCUUCCUCCACAGGAUCAUCAGAUUUUAAAUCAAGAUAAAGAUCUUAACAGUAUUAAUGCUACAGAGAUAUAUGUGUGGGGUGAUGACCAGUGUAAGGAGGACAUUCCUACAGAGAUAUAUGUGUGGGGUGAUGACCAGUGUAAGGAGGACAUUCCUACAGAGAUGUACGUGUGGGGUGAUGACCAGUGUAAGGAAGGAAUUCUUACACAUAAACACCCAGAUGUCUAUACUGGGAGCUCAGAAGGACAUCUGAAAUGUUCAGAUUUGAAAGCAGAUGGUUGUGGUAUCACACAAGAUACAUGUGAAGAGCAUGUCUUUAUCUUAGAUGUACCCUCAGCCGUUCACAGUAAGGAUCUGUCAUCCGAUCCUCUUAAAAAUCUCCAAUCUUCUGAUUCAUCACAAACUGUUAAGAAGUAUAAAGAUCAUCAAAUGAGUGUUGUACGUAAAAUCUCUGACAAAAGGAAGAAGUCGCAGCCAUGUUCAGAAUGUGGCGAAUGUUUUAAGAACAAAUCACAUCUUUUUAAACAUCAGAGAACUCACACAGGAGAGAAGCUGUUUUCCUGCUCAGAGUGUAGGAAAUGUUUCUCAAGGAAAGGAAGUCUUGUUGAACAUCAGAAGACUCACACCGGGGAGAAGACAUUUUCAUGUACUGUAUGUGGAAAGGAUUUUAACCAGAAGUCAGAUCUUACUGGACAUCAAAGAAUUCACAUAGGAAAAACAUUUUCAUGUCCAGAAUGUGAGAAAUGUUUUAGCAAGAAAGCACACCUUAAAAUGCAUCUGAGAAUUCACACAGGGGAGAAGCCAUUUUCCUGUUCAGAAUGUGGAAAAUGUUUUACCCAGAAAGCAUGUCUUAAAAGACAUGAGAGAAUUCACACAGGGGAGAAGCCAUUUUUCUGUUCAGAAUGUGGAAAAUGUUAUGGAGCUAGAUCAAAUCUUCUUGCACAUCAGAAAAUUCACACCGGAGAAAGGCCAUUUUUCUGUUCAGAAUGCGGGAAAUGUUUCUCAAGGAGAGGACAUCUUGAUAAACAUCAGAACACUCACAGGGGAGGGGAGAAGCCAUUUUCAUGUACUACAUGUGGAAAGGGUUUUAAGCGAAAAGCAGAUCUUACUGCCCAUCAAAGAAUUCACACAGGAGACGCCUUUCCAUGUCCAGAGUGCGGUACAUGUUUUGUCCAGAAAUCCCACCUUAGAAUACAUCAGAGAAUUCACACAGGGGAGAAGCCAUUUUCCUGUUCCGAAUGUGGGAAAUGUUUUAACCGGAGAUCCCAUCUUGUUAGACAUGAGAACAUUCAUAGAGGAGAGAAGCCAUUUUCUUUUUAUGACUUGUUUUAUUGACACCUAAUACAGGAAAAACAACACUUACAGUCAAAGUACAGAUGUAGUAAUCCUAAAAAGAACCGGUGUGUUGUGCUACGCUGUUAUUGUAGCAUGGUGCACCUACACUCUUCAUACCUACUCUCUGCACAUGCAGAGAGUAUUUCACCGUAAUCUGGAUUACUGCAUCAUUUGUAACCAAUCUGUCAUAAAUUUAUGCUUUUGGCAUGUUUGUGUUUUAGCCUACUGUACUGUACUUUUCUUUAUACUGGAGACAUUCAGAUAUUGCCUCGGCAAAUAUGGAGUUGAGCGACAGCUGGUAGGCAUUUUGUGUAUAGAAUGAGCUGAGAAUUACACCACAGAUCUCAGAAUUUGCAGAUUUUUAGACUUUCUGCUGAUGAUAAUGAAACUUUUAUAUGGGAUAAUCAUAUUAACUUUAUUACACCACUGAGCCUAUCCAUCCAUCUAUAAUUUUGUAUGCUAGGAAAAGAGUCUUUGGUAGCAUUUAGUGUUGAGUGAGGCGAGCUUCAGAUGCUUCAUCCGAAGUCGCUUAGUUCAAAACUUCAGAAUAAUACUGUACUCUGUACAGUAUCAGAAGAUAUGGGCUACGAU